CACUUGCCCACACACUGAUGAAUUCUCGUGGUAUCAACACCACCACCACACAAAAGUGAUGUGAUGGAGGACGGAGAACAAUAAAGAAGCAGGGGUUUCUGGUCCGGCAUCACUGUACUUGUUUCUUUGAAGAGUGCUGAGGUAGAACCCUCACCCCUCACCCCUCACCUGGACUUUGUUUAAACUUGGCUUCUCAUAGGGAAACUCAGAAGUCUGACUUUUUUUUAAAAAAAACGUGUCAUCCUCUGGCUACCAGCGACCAUGUACAGCAGCGGCUACUCGCAUGUGUCCAAAUACAGUCCUGCUUCGCAGAAGAGAAAGCAGUUUCACUCAAAAAAGGGCAAAAGCUGCGGUUACUACAUGCGAAUCGUCUUCUUCUUCUCCUCACUUAUUCAGUCUCUCAUCAUCGUCAGCCUCGUGCUCUUUCUCGUCUACGGUAAGACGCAGGACUCGGCUUCUACAACACGCAUUCAGGACCUGGAGGAAAGUUUCAGCCGCCUGUCCAUAGAGAACGUGGCCCUGAGACAACAGAGGAAGAACCUGACCAACUUACUGAACUCCACUCUGACCCAGAAGGCUCGGAAUGACUGGGACCUGGAAAAAUUACGCUACUACUCCAACAUCUCUGCUAACAUCAUCCGGGACUAUGACAGGAAACUGCAACAGUGUACUUCCAACCUCUACGUGUGUAAUGCCUCCGCCCGUUUACACUGCAACUUACCGUCACCACAGAGAUUUUCUGCAGGUAACUGUGACUGUGGGGCGUUUGCGGGCCAACUGAAAGCCCACCUCCAGCUGGUACAGUCCAACUUCACCCAAACCGUGCAAAAGCUGAAUAUGGAAAUGGAUCAAACUGCUAAAGAGAGAGACUACAUCAACCUGGAGGCCAUCCUUCUGAGGCGAGAGAAAAGCACCAAAGAAAAGGAGCUGUUGUACCAGAAAGAAAAAUGUAAAAGCGACUUUGCCCAGUCCCUGAGUAUCGUCACCAACGUCUCCAGGGCUCUCCUGCACAAGAUCGACUCCCUCUUCCCGACUCACCUCCCCUUUCAGCUUACCUGCGAAAGACAGAGGAAACACCUGGAGCAGAUCCAAACUAACUGCACCAAUCUGUCCAGGGACGUGGAAAACACGCUCCAGCGUUACCUGAACAGCGUGGGAGAACAGGUUUCAGACAUCCAAUCAGAGAACAGCCGGCUGAAGGCAGAGAACGAGCGAGUGUCCGACGAUUACCGCUUCUGCAACCAGAACCGGACAGGUCUGAUCCGGUGGCACAAACUGGAACUCGACAAGCAUCAGCAGAAACACGAUCAGGAGAAGGAGAGACUCCUAAUGGAGAAGAUGAAGCUAACUGGAGAGAAGGAAGUUCUGGAGAACAGCGUCAGAUACAGAGUUAAGGAAGUGGAACAUCUCACUUUGCAAAUCAAUCAACUCAACAUGUCCUGCAUGCAUAAGACACCAUUUGCUGUUCCUAACUCACGGACAAGCACAUCAAGUCAGCAGGGGUGGGGCUUCUUUGGUGGUGGAUCCAGCUCCUCUCCAUCUUCUGGUAAUAGUCAGCUGAGUAGGUCAGGAUCAGGUGGGCUGAGUUCAAGCCUGGGCUCCUCAGCAUCCUCAUUAAAUAAAGUGGGCUCACCCUCCACUGGAUCAGGUUCAAGCCUGGGAUCCAGUGGGUCAGGCUUGAAUAGGUAUGGAUCAGGUUCUUCAAGUUCAUCUUCCUCAUCUGUGUCAGGGUUGAAUAGGCUUGGUUCAGGCAGUUUAGGAUCUUCAAGUUCGUCUUCCUCAACUGGGUCCACUUCAGGCCUGGGUUCUACUGGAUCAGCUGUAAAUAGGCUUGGAUCAAAUGGGUUGGGUUCAAGCUUAGGCUCUACCAGUUCAGGGUUGAAUAAGUAUGGAUCCACUGGGCUAGGCUCGUCAAGCUCAACCUCAACUGCAUCUGAAUCAAGUUCAAUCCUUGGUUCUAGGGGGUUAGGAGUGAAUAAGCUUGGAUCUGCUGCAGGAGGUUCAUCAAGUGUUGGAACCACUAAUGCAAAACCAGAUGCCAGCUCAACUGGGUUGGGCUCAAGUAAACCAGCGUCGAACACCAGAAGCUCGUCCGGUUUGGGUUCAUGGUUUGGGUUCAGUAGCUCAAGCCAGAGUAAGACUGCAGGAACAGGAACAGGAACAGGAACAGGAACAGGAACAGGAACUGCAACUGGAAGGGGAACAUCCAGCAGCAGUGCUAGCACUGGGACCAGUUCAUCGUUGAGCACAGGAAGGACAGCAGAAUCUGUUAACGUGGCUCAACAUCUCCGAGAUUUGCAUCGUCUCAUCAACCCCUCUGCCCAAGAAGAAAACGACGAUCUCGCCAGGAUGAUCGGUUAGUCUUUCUUCUCACGAUGACCCACUUUUUAAAAAUGUGAUCUGCUCCCCACGAUGUAACUCUAUAAAACACAUGAAUGUAAGUUUAGCCAAUAAUAUGAUAUAUUCCGUAUCAGAUCGACGUAUGCACUUUUGUUGAAUGAAUGUAAAAUGUGAAAUAUCAGUCAACAAGUUGUAUCAUUACUUCAUGAAGCAGCAGCAGGAGCUGCAGUGGAGCUCUCACAGUCUAAAUAAAACCAAAAUAAAGUUGUGUAUUAAUGUAA